AUGCGGACGCGGACGGUUCUCUGUAUCAGGAAGAUGGGGCCUGCCGAGGAGGAGACCCUGGAGGACAGCCACUGUCUGACGCACCGGCCAAUAGAACGAGAAGCCUGCAACAACCAGUCCUGCCCCCCUCAGUGGGUCACUCUGGAUUGGUCAGAGGUGAGAGAAGGACUGCCCCCUUUUCACUUGUUGACAUCCCAGCAGGAAAAACUGGUUGAAUUAACAUCAUAAUGUCAUUGUAACCAGUUAUGUCCGCUGGGAUCGCUUUGAGUGACAGCAGUGGUUUCAAUAGAGACCUAGAAUAAAUUGAAUAGUUUUAUUGAGCUUGUGUGUUCUACCUUCUGUCCCCCAGUGUACACCCAAAUGUGGCCCUGGGUUCAAGCACCGCAUCGUGCUGUGUAAGAGCAGCAACCUGACCAAGACCUUCCCCCCCGCCCACUGUCCAUCCCAUAACAAGCCCCCCAUCAGGACCCGCUGCAGUCUGGGACGCUGUCCGCCACCUAGAUGGAUCCUAGGGGAAUGGGGACAGGUACGAUUGGUCCCCCCUUCAGAAAUCAUUACUUCCUUUCACUUUUCCAUUCACUUCUUCAGAAUAGCUUGACAUUGGGGAUGUCAAAACAACAACAUGUUUGUAAAGGCAAUUAAAAUGAACUGUUCUAAGAAGAACAGACACCAAAUCCCCUGUUUUGGUGAACAGUCAACAGAAUUUACACUCUGAUCAUAAACUGGGGUCCCUAGUGCUGAUCACGUGUGCCUGUCCAACCAGUCUGCCUGCAAGUGUUUGCGUGCAUGCCUGUGUGUGUGUGUGUGUGAUUGUGUACCGCGGCCCCAGUCAGAUCUCAGCCAUCCCAUCAACUUGUGUCUGACCUCUGUGCCCACCGGGCCACUAGGCUAACCCUCCCUUCAGAUCAGGCUCUGUGGAGCAUCACAUCCCAGCCUGCAUGUCAUCCCCUCCAAAUUAGACAGUCUUUAUUAAGGUCCAGCCCUGACAGAUGGUCUACGUCAAUGGAGGGUCUUAAGUGGGAUUUGAACCAGUGACCUUUUGGCCCCCGGCAGCGAGACCGUGGAGGAAAGCACUGCCUUCACUACAAUCUGCCCUUUCUACGGCUCAGGAAGAGACAGGGGUGAGAGACAGGAGGAGAGGAGGAGGUGAAGGAAGUAAUUACAUAGGCAAAGAGAGGCUGGAGGGAGGGAGAGGGAGAUAUAAAUAUAUCUACAGUGGGGAGAACAAGUAUUUGAUACACUGCCGAUUUUGCAGGUUUUCCUACUUACAAAGCAUGUAGAGGUCUGUAAUUUUUAUCAUAUGUCCAUUACAUGAAAUCCAAAUAAAAAUCCAUUUAAAUUACAGGUUGUAAUGCAACAAAAUAGGAAAAACGCCAAGGGGGAGGAAUACUUUUGCAAGGCACUGUAGCACACGCAGAGAGGGAGCGCGAGAGAGAGAGAGAGCGCGAGAGAGAGCGCGCGAGAGAGAGAGAGAGAGAGAGAGAGAGAGAGAGAGAGAGAGAGAGAAGGAGAGAGAGAGAGAGAUAUAGAAAGAGAGAUAGAUAGAUUAGAGAUAGUAGCGAUCUCCUAUCUAUCUAGCUUACUCGCGCGAUUCGGCUUUCUUACGUUUGGUGGGUGGGGUUCAGUGUUGUCCUAAGUCCUUUCUCCAACAGACUUAAAGCUGUGGUGUUACUGGUGUAUAUUAGUCCUUAACCUUGGGCCGUGCUGACAUUGACCCUGUCCUUUGACGGGCCACCGAGAGGUUAUCAGCCAUGGGCUCUAUUCAGUAUGUAUCGUUGAAGCGUUACAGAUUACGCGCUAUAAAUGUUAAGCUAAUUUCCGAUUGAGCCGACAUAUGCAGCGUUUACUGUGAAUGCAGUCUCCGCCAACGUGGGAGCAUUGCCUUUAAAUGAGCCCCAGGCCUUCUGAUUGAAGUGGGAGCACCGGAUGUUGUUGUUUGUGUGUGAGCGUACAUAUGGUUGCCAUUAGAACCUUGAACCAGAGCCCAUGACCUCUAACCUCUGGAGUCUGACCUCUAACCCCCACUUUACUACCACAACAAAGUCCACCACUGAAAUCCCACAACAAGGCCACUAAAUAACAUCCAGGAAUAUCUAGAAGUGUCCGGAGUCUGACCUCUAACCCCCACUUUACUACCACAACAAAGUCCACCACUGAAAUCCCACAACAAGGCCACUAAAUAACAUCCAGGAAUAUCUAGAAGUGUCCGGAAAGUCUACUAGAGAACGUGACCAGAGAAACUCUUUCUGUAAUAAGACUACUAUGUUACAGACAACUAAGAGAACUACUACGGUACAGAGAAUAACAUUGACAGGAGAACUGUUGGGUUGCCCUGAUAACCUCUAGCUGAUGUAAUUGACUACAUAGUUCUAGCUGAUGCAACUAACUACAUGUUCUCUUGUGUCUCUAGCUGGUAGCUACCAUCUCUCUCUUCUAAUGUUGACCAGCUGACUGCAGUCUCACUGACGCCCAUUAAAGAAUUACUAUCAAUUACUAUGACCUUCUUCCCAGGUCAUACCAGGGUCAAUUGGCCUGAACAGAAGAGAGAGAGACUCACACACACACACACACACUAAGGCCUCUCUGUGAGGAAGGAGAACCCACCAGUUCUGCCCUCUCCCAUAGCAACAAUUCACCUGGUCAUUAUAAUUACAGAGAGCAGAGUUACCGUGCCAACAACUUAAUUCCACAGAAUGCUUUCUCAACAAAUGGCCUGAUAAUCGUCUGUGAAUGUAGAAUGUUAAUUAUAUUUCUAUGCAUGUUAAUUCGUUUUCUAUGCAUGUUAAUUCUUUUUCUAUGCAUGUUAAUUAUAUUUCUAUGCAUGUUAAUUAUAUUUCUAUGCAUGUUAAUUAUAUUUCUAUGCAUGUGUGUGUACUGUAUGUUUGUGUGUGGUCAGACUAAGUAACUUUAAACCAUUCAGGAAGGCCAUUCUACUUACAUUGGCUUCUCAGCUCCUCAAGCCUUCUCUCGUCCUCUCCUCUCUCUCCUCUCUCUCUCUCUCUCAUCGCUCUCUCUCAUCUCCUCGUCUCUCUCCUCUCUUCUCCUCCUCUCUCAUCUCUCUCUCUCUCUCCUCUCCGAUCUUCAUGCUCUCAUUCUCCUCACUCCUCUACGUCUGAACUCUCGGUCCUCCACAUGACAUAAACGUCUCUCACUCUCAACUCCUCUCUCUCCAGCUCAGUCACCAGUCGGCUUUGAUUGUCUACUCGAUUCCCUGCAGUGUCCUUGCAACUCCUGCUGCUCUCAUGCUCUCUCUCAGUCUCGCGUCUAGCGUCUCUGCUUCUGCUUUCUCGUGUCUUCUCAUCAGCUUCUCAAUCUCCUGCUCCGAGUUCAUGGAUUCUCAAGUUCCCAGUGAUUAUCGAUAACCUUCAGUGUCCUGUUUAGUAACUGCUGAGUUCCAUGGCUACUAUGGUUGCAGUGAUUCUGACCAGCCUCCAGUGGUUGGCGAAAGUGGCUGUUUGACGGGUCAUAACUCGUUGUCGUUCUUUUGAACAGUAGUGGGUUGGAGUUUUACAGUGUGGCUGUGUUGAGUGUUAUAACUUUGUCUGUUUCUUUUGAAUGCAGUAUGUGCUUAAUAAUGUCUAUGUGGUUCAGUGUUUGUUCCAGUGCAGUGUGAUUAAUAAUGUCUAUGUGGUUCAGUGUUUGGUGCAGUUUGAUUAAUAAUGUCUAUAUGGUUCAGUGUUUGGUGCAGUGUGAUUAAUAAUGUCUAUGUGGUUCAGUGUUUGGUGCUGUUUGAUUAAUAAUGUCUAUGUGGUUCAGUGUUUGGUUUAGUUUGAUUAAUAAUGUCUAUGUGGUUCAGUGUUUGGUGCAGUUUGAUUAAUAAUGUCUAUGAGUUAUGUCGCACAUGCAGCUAACAAAAACAUAUGGAAAUGUCUGCUCUACUCAAAAUUACAACGAAAUAAUUGCAGCCUUACCACAAAAGUGGAAGAGGAAAGUGGAAGGGGAGAAGAAAGUAAGGAACUUGUCUGUCGGCCUUGCAUUAAAGAACAUAAUUGGUUAAGGAAAACUGUGAUAAAUAAAAAAGUAUUUGAGUUUCACUUAAGGACCAAAGGAUUGACAGCCGUCCCAUAUAAAUUGCAAAAUAGUUGGGAAGAGAUUUUUGACGUGCCGAUCCCAUGGCAUAGUGUUUAUGAACUGACACGCAAAACAACACCGGAUUCAAAAAUUAGAAUCUUUCAAUUUAAAUUAUUAUAUAAAAUUCUUGCUACCAAUAGAAUGUUAUUUAUAUGGGGGAUACAAUCUUCCCAGCUCUGCAGAUUUUGCUGUGAAGAGACAGAAUCAUUAGAUCAUUUGUUUUGGUUCUGUCCAUUUGUAGCUUGUUUUUGGACACAGGUCCAGGAAUGGCUAAAGGAUUGCAAUAUUUACCUGGAGCUAACCUUGCAGAUAGCAUUACUGGGUGAUCUGAAAAGUCAUAGUCAAUCGAUCAAUAAUAUAAUAAUACUUUUAGCAAAAAUGUUUAUUUUUAAUUCACAAUCUGUAGAAGCAAUGAGAAUAGAAAGGUUCAGAACUUUUGUAAAACAUCACAGUACGGUUGAAAUAUAUAUGGCAAAUAGAAAUCCUAUAUGGAUGGUGUUAAAAUAUAGAUGGGAGGUAUUGAAUGGAGUUGAAGGAUGGGACUAAUAACAAAUAACAAUAAAUAAUAACAAGAUAACUAAUAAUGUAAGCAUACUGUGUCCAUAAUAAGUAUAUAGGUUGUAUGUUGGGAGCUUUUGGGAAAGAGCACAGUUAGAAAGAUAUGGCAUAUAGAAGCAAACCGGAUGGACAUCAUGAAAAUGAUCGGAGAGGUUGAGAGUAGAAUAAGUUCAGGAGCAAAAACUAAUAAAAUAGAAUUAUUGUAAAAUUGAUCGUGUCCAUAAGGUGUAGAUAGUAAGUAUAGGCUGGAAGUAGAGGCCUGGGCAUUGUUGUUCACUAAUUUACCCCAAGUAGGGAAAGGGAUGGCGGGGUUGAAAAGUAAUAAAGGGGAGUAUAUAUAAAAAACAUGGGGGAUUGGAAGUGAUGCAGACAAUUACAUUGAUGGAAGUUAAAAUCUAUCUGCAAUAUUAAGCUGAUCUACCCCCCCAAAAUAAAAUAAUAAUAAUAAUAAUAAUAAUAAUAAUAAUAAUGUCUAUGUGGUUAAGUGUUUGGUGCAGGGCGGUUAAUAAUGUCUAUGUGGUUCGGUGUUUGGUGCAGUUUGAUUAAUAAUGUCUAUGUGGUUCAGUGUUUGGUGCAGUGUGAUUAAUAAUGUCUAUGUGGUUCGGUGUUUGGUGCAGUUUGAUUAAUAAUGUCUAUGUGGUUCAGUGUUUGGUGCAGUGUGAUUAAUAAUGUAUAUGUGGUUCAGUGUUAGGUGCAGUGUGAUUAAUAAUGUAUAUGUGGUUCAGUUUUUGGUGCAGUUUGAUUAAUAAUGUCUAUGUGGUUCAGUUUUUGGUGCAGUGUGAUUAAUAAUGUCUAUGUGGUUCAGUUUUUGGUGCAGUGUGAUUAAUAAUGUCUAUGUGGUUCAGUUUUUGGUGCAGUGUGAUUAAUAAUGUCUAUGUGGUUCAGUUUUUGGUGCAGUGUGAUUAAUAAUGUCUAUGUGGUUCAGUUUUUGGUGCAGGGUGGUUAAUAGUGUUUGUGUGUGUGUGUGUGUGUGUGUUUCACCAUAGUGUUCGGCACAGUGUGGGCUGGGCCAGCAGAUGCGGACGGUGCAGUGUCUCUCCUACACAGGUCAGCCCUCCAGUGACUGUCCCGAGGCCCUCAGACCCCCCAACAUGCAGCAGUGUGAGAGCAAGUGUGGCGCCACGCCCAUCGCCAACGGAGACGGUGAGUACAGAAACGUGUGCAAGCAUACACGCACACGCACACACACACACAGAACCCUCACACAAUGAUCCAGCCAUCCCAAUACCAGAAUUCCAUCCCAGCUCCAUUCAGCUGGUGGGAUGACACAACUCUUACAGAACACACCACAUUGUUCUUCCCAGUGAGGUUGAGCUGGCUGCUGGUCAGAGCAGCCUGGACCCUCCAUCCUCUCCCUGCUAUGAUGGAUGUGUGUUAGGAUGCAUAGAGACAGGCCCAGCCCACACGUCGAUGGAGCUGAAUGGAAACGUUAGGCAAAGCAGGGUGUGUGGAGACGCUAAUGGCUAAUGGGAUUAGCUUCAGGCUAAUUGUCCCGUACAGAAAGAGAGACAGGCAGACAGACAGCAGUGGGGGUAUUUCUUACAAAAUAAGUCUUACCUCAAUGAGACCAACCUGAAUUGAUAAAUAAAAUGUAUGACAGAAGAGAAAGAAGAUGAUCUUGCACAAACCGAUAACAGUAAGAGCUUAGAAAACACAAAUAAUAGUCCUCAGAAGACAGGGCCAAAGUGAUUGAUAGAAAAGUGCGCACCGCUCAUUUGAAGUGAGAUAAUUCCAGACAUUCCUUUGGUAUAGUGUGUUCUCCUUACGUAAACGUAUACAGUGGCUUGCGAAAGUAUUCACCCCACUUGGCAUUUUUCCUAUUUUGUUGUCUUACAACCUGGAAUUAAAAUGGAUUUUUGUGGGGUUUGUAUCAUUUGAUUUACACAACAUGCCUACCACUUUGAAGAUGUAAAAUAAUUUUUUUUGGUGAAACAAACAAGAAAUAAGAGAAAGAAAAACAGAAAACUUGAGCGUGCAUAACUAUUCACUAAGUCAAUACUUUGUAGAGACACCUUUUGCAGCAAUUACAGCUGCAAGUCUUUUGGGGUAUGCUUGGCACAUCUAGCCACUGUGAUUUUUGCCCAUUCUUCAAGGCAAAACUGCUCCAGCUCCUUCAAGUUGGAUGGGUUCCGCUGGUGUACAGCAAUCUUUAAGUCAUACCACAGAUUCUCAAUUGGAUUGAGGUUUGGGCUUUGACUAGGCCAUUCCAAGACAUUUAAAUGUUUCCCCUUAAACCACUCAAGUGUUGCUUUAGCAGUAUGCUUAGGGUCAUUGUCCUGCUUAGGAUCAUUGUCCAGUCUCAAAUCUCUGGAAGACUGAAACAGGUUUCCCUCAAGAAUGUCCCUGUAUUUAGCGGCAUCCAUCAUUCCUUCAAUUCUGACCAGUUUCCCAGUCCCUGCCGAUGAAAGACAUCCCCACAGCAUGAUGCUGCCACCACCAUGCUUCACUGUGGGGAUGGUGUUCUCGGGGUGAUGAGAGGUGUUGGGUUUGCACCAGACAUAGCGUUUUCCUUGAUGGCCAAAAAGCUCAAUUUUUGUCUCAUCUGACCAGAGUGCCUUCUUCCAUAUGUUUGGGGAGUCUCCCACAUGCCUUUUGGCGAACACCAAACGUGUUUGCUUAUUUUUUUUCUUUAAGCAAUGGCUUUUUUCUGUCCACUCUUCCGUAAAGCCCAGCUCUGUGGAGUGUACGGCUUAAAGUGGUCUUAUGGACAGAUACAAUCUCCGCUGUGGAGCUUUGCAGCUCCUUCAGGGUUAUCUUUGGUGUCUUUGUUGCCUCUCUGAUUAAUGCCCUCCUUGCCUGGUCCUUGAGCUUUGGUGGGCGGCCCUCUCUUGGCAGGUUUGUUGUGGUGCCAUAUUCUUUCCAUUUUUUAAUAAUGGAUUUAAUGGUGCUCUGUGUGAUGUUCAAAGAUCUGUACUUCUCCACAACUUUGUCCCUGACCUGUUUGGAGAGCUCGUUGGUCUUCAUGGUGCCGCUUGCUUGGUGGUGCCCCUUGCUUAGUGGUGUUGCAGAAUCUGGGGCCUUUCAGAACAGGUGUAUAUAUAUACUGAGAUUAUGUGACAGAUCAUGUGACACUUAGAUUGCACUCAGGUGGACUUUAUUUAACUAAUUAUGUGACUUCUGAAGGUAAUUGGUUGCACCAGAUCAUAUUUAGGGGCUUCAUAGCAAAGGGGGUGAAAACAUAUGCACACACCACUUUUCUGUUAUUCAUUUUUUUGAAUUUCUUGAAAGAAGUAAUUUUUUUCAUUCCACUUCACCAAUUUGGACUAUUUUGUGUAUGUCCAUUACAUGAAAUCCAAAUAAAAAUCCAUUUAAAUUACAGGUUGUAAUGCAACAAAAUAGGAAAAACGCCAAGGGGGAGGAAUACUUUUGCAAGGCACUGUAGCACACACAGAGAGGGAACGCGAGAGAGAGAGAGAGAGAGAGAGAGAGAGAGCGCGAGACAGACAGACAGACAGACAGACAGAGAGAGAGAGAGAGAGAGAGAGAGAGAGAGAGAGAGAGAGAGAGAGAGAGAGAGAGAGCGAGAGCAAGAGAGAGAGUUGCCAGGACAACAAAUACAAAAUCUAUCUAGACCCUGUUGCCCUAGAGCACACCAACAAUUAUACAUACCUCGGCCUAAACAUUAACACCACAGGUACAGUGGGGGAAAAAAGUAUUUGGUCAGCCACCAAUUGUGCAAGUUCUCCCACUUAAAAAGAUGAGAGAGGCCUGUAAUUUUCAUCAUAGGUACAUGUCAACUAUGACAGACAAAUUGAGAAAAAAAUUUCCAGAAAAUCACAUUGUAGGAUUUUUAAUGAAUUUAUUUGCAAAUUAUGGUGGAAAAUAAGUAUUUGGUCACCUACAAACAAGCAAGAUUUCUGGCUCUCACAGACCUGUAACUUCUUCUUUAAGAGGCUCCUCUGUCCUCCACUCGUUACCUGUAUUAAUGGCACCUGUUUGAACUUGUUAUCAGUAUAAAAGACAUCUGUCCACAACCUCAAACAGUCACACUCCAAACUCCACUAUGGCCAAGACCAAAGAGCUGUCAAAGGACACCAGAAACAAAAUUGUAGACCUGCACCAGGCUGGGAAGACUGAAUCUGCAAUAGGUAAGCAGCUUGGUUUGAAGAAAUCAACUGUGGGAGCAAUUAUUAGGAAAUGGAAGACAUACUGAUAAUCUCCCUCGAUCUGGGGCUCCACGCAAGAUCUCACCCCGUGGGGUCAAAAUGAUCACAAGAACCACACGGGGGGGACCUAGUGAAUGACCUGCAGAGAGCUGGGACCAAAGUAACAAAGCCUACCAUCAGUAACACACUACGCCGCCAGGGACUCAAAUCCUGCAGUGCCAGACGUGUCCCCCUGCUUAAGCCAGUACAUGUCCAGGCCCGUCUGAAGUUUGCUAGAGUGCAUUUGGAUGAUCCAGAAGAGGAUUGGGAGAAUGUCAUAUGGUCAGAUGAAACCAAAAUAUAACUUUUUGGUAAAAACUCAACUCGUCGUGUUUGGAGGACAAAGAAUGCUGAGUUGCAUCCAAAGAACACCAUACCUACUGUGAAGCAUGGGGGGUGGAAACAUCAUGCUUUGGGGCUGUUUUUCUGCAAAGGGACCAGGACGACUGAUCCGUUUAAAGGAAAGAAUGAAUGGGACCAUGUAUCGUGAGAUUUUGAGUGAAAACCUCCUUCCAUCAGCAAGGGCAUUGAAGAUGAAACGUGGCUGGGUCUUUCAGCAUGACAAUGAUCCCAAACAGUGGCCUAGCCAGUCUCCAGAUCUCAACCCCAUACAAAAUCUUUGGAGGGAGUUGAAAGUCCGUGUUGCCCAGCGACAGCCCCAAAACAUCACUGCUCUAGAGGAGAUCUGCAUGGAGGAAUGGGCCAAAAUACCAGCAACAGUGUGUGAAAACCUUGUGAAGACUUACAGAAAACGUUUGACCUGUGUCAUUGCCAACAAAGGGUAUAUAACAAAGUAUUGAGAAACUUUUGUUAUUGACCAAAUACUUAUUUUCCACCAUAAUUUGCAAAUAAAUUCAUUGAUUUUCUGGAUUUUUUUCCCUCAUUUUGUCUGUCAUGGUUGACGUGUACCUAUGAUGAAAAUUACAGGCCUCUCUCAUAUUUUUAAGUGGGAGAACUUGCACAAUUGGUGGCUGACUAAAUACAUUUUUUCCCCACUGUAACUUCCACAAGGCUGUGAACUAUCUAAGAGACAAGGCAAGAAGGGCCUUCUAGGACAUCAAAAGGAACAUAAACUCGACAUCACAAUUAGGAUCUGGCUAAAAAUACUUUAAUCAGUUAUAGAACCCAUUGCCCUCCAUGGUUGUGAUGUCCCGGGUCCACUCACUAACCAAGAAUUCACAAAAUGGGACAAACACCCAAUUGAGACUCUGCAUGUAGAAUUCUGCAAAAAUAUACUUUUUGUACAACGCAAAACAAUGCAUGCAGAGCAUAAUUAGUUAUCAAUAUCCAGAAAAUAGCUUUUUAAUUCUACAGCCACCUAAAAGGAAGCGAUGCCCACACCUUCCACCACAAAGCCCUCACCUACAGAGAGAUUAACCUAGAGAAGAGUCCCCUCAGCCAGCUGGUUCUGGCCAUCACCUACAGAGAGAUUAACCUAGAGAAGAGUCCCCUCAGCCAGCUGGUUCUGGGGCUCUGUUCACAAAAACAAACAGACCCAACAGAGCCCCAGGACAGCAACACAAUUAGACCCAACCAAAUUGUGAGAAAGCAAAAAGAUAAGUAUUUGGCACACUGGAAAGAAUCAACCAAAAAUCUGAGCAACUUGGAAUGCUAUCUGGCCGUAAACAGAGAGUACACAGUGGUAGAAUACCUGACCACUGUGACUAACCCAAAACAUUUAAAAUCCUUGACUAUGUACAGACUCAGUGAGCAUAGCCUUGCUAUUGAGUGAGGUUGCCAUAGGCAGACCUGGCUCUCAAGAGAAGACAGGAUAUGUGCCCACUGUCCACAAAAUGAGGUGGAAACUGAGCUGCACUUCCUAACCUCCUGCCAAAUGUAUGACCAUUUUAGAGACACAUAUUUCCCGCAGAUUACACAGACCCACAAAGAAUUUGAAAACAAAUCCAAUACUGAUAAACUCACAUAUCUUUUAGGCGAAAUACCACUAUGUGCAAUCGCAACAGCAAGAUGUGUGGUCCGUUGCCAUGAGAAAAGGGCAACCAGUGGAGCACAAACAACAUUGUAAAUACCACCAAUACUUAUCUGUUUAUGCAUCUUCCCCCACUAUUCAUACUACAACUAUUUGCACAUUGCUAAAACUGUACACAGCUGAUAAUAUAACACUUGAAAUGUCUUUAUCUUUUUGAAACCUUUGUGAGUGUAAUGUUUACUUUCUAAUAGUUUUCUGUCGAUGUUGUGUAUGUUGGUUGAUUGUUUAUUUCACUUGCUUUGGCAAUGUAAACAUGUGUUUCCCAUGCCAAUAAAACCCCUUUGAAUUGAGAGAGAGAGAGAGAGAGAGAGGCAGGAACGUUUCAACAUACCAUUACGUCAAUCAGAUGGAACAUACCAUUACAUCAAUCAGACGGAACAUACCAUUACACAGAGACAUGGAGGGAAGAUUUAUUAUGGGCCGGUCGUUUUCAGAGACAACAGAAACUGUUUCUCUCAACCUUUUUUUGUUCCAGGGACAUGCUGGGAGGGCUGCUUAUAUUAAAACUAACAGCUGAGAACUGACUAAAUAGGUGUCAGACAACUAUCUGUGGGACUGGCGCCAUUGCUCCGGCCGGAGGUUGAGAAAUACUGGUCUAGAAUGCAUUUAAUUAAUUUGAACAGAACAGCAAUAUUACAACAUGGACACGCGCGUCAACACACACACAAACACAAACACACACACACAAACACACACAAACACAUACAAACACAUACAAACAAACAAACACAUACACACACACACACAAACAAACACACACACACAAACACACACACACACACAAACAAACACACACACACACACACACACACACACAGGUGGUUCAUAGACAUUCCACUUCUUCUUUCCUUUAUUUAACUUUUUUAUUUUUCUCUCCAGAAUGUAAAGACGUAAACAAAGUGGCAUAUUGCCCACUGGUGCUGAAGUUCAAGUUCUGCGGCCGCGCGUACUUCAGACAGAUGUGCUGCAAGACGUGCCAAGGACGCUGACCCACAGAGAGAGAGAGCGAGAACUAAAGAGAGGAACAGAGGGAACUGGAGGAGAAAGAGAAACACAGGCAGAGGACAGAGUGAAAAACACCUCAAGACCAUUGGAAGAGAAGGAGGAAAAAGGACUAGAGGACACUGUGGACGAGAGACGAAAAUAA